AUGAAUGACAACUACUAGUCAUAAUUCCGUAGCAUAGAAAUGAUGCAAGACAGGUACAAUCAUUUGAGCAGCCAACUCGAUAAGUUAAAGAACUAGAUGGAUCAAAAAGUGUGUUUGGAAGACUUUUUUAAGUAUACCUCGAAAAUUGCAUCUGAAUAUGCCACCCUCUAGAUGCUCGAUUUAAGCAUCUAAUCCAUUGAAACUAGGAUGCGAUUCUGUUCAUCUGAUAAUCAAAUGAAAGGCAGCUUAGUUGCAUCGAGAGUGAAACAGUAAAGCAAAUAAACUUAAGUUUAUGAAUACCAACAUACAAUUGAAUAGCAAUUAGAAGAGAGAUUGAAUCGGUUCAGAGAAUUGAUUACCUCUCAAGUCAGAUAGUUUUGUGAUUAAGUUCAGGCUUAAGAUGUAAGUAAGCCGUUUAGGGAAUAAAUUUAAAAUAACGUAAAUAAUCUUCAUGAAAAAUUGCAUCAAGUUGAAUUAUUUCAAAUGGAGAUCUAAAGACAUCUUGAAGCAAGGGAAUUCGAAAAACUCAUUAAGAAAUACACGGAUGUCGAAGAGAGGCUGAACGUAUUAGAAAACCAUUCGAAAGGUUUGACCAAUUUAAUCCAAGUUCUAAAUCAGCAGAAGAAAAUAGAUGAAUAAGAAUAAAAGAAGAAAGUGAAGGAGAAAAAGAUUGAAGAUCACUUAAAUCAAUAUCUAACAAUUUAAGAUUUCCAUAAGCAUUAAUAGUACAUUAAAGAACAUUAUUUGACUUCGGUUUAAGGGGCUUAAUUUUUAUAGAGAAUCAAUGAAUCUGAAGAUAACAUUAAGAAUUUGUUUAAUAAAGAUAUUUAUGAUAAAUUGUCAUUAGAAAUAGCUGAUUUGGAUGAAAAGUUCGGUAUUGUGGUAGAAUCUCUUUAAAAUAAAAUUAAUGUUCAAAUACAAAAUUAAGCCACCAAACUCAACACCUUUGAGAUGUCUAUCAAUUCAUUUAUGAGCAAAUCAGAAGUCAUUCAAAUGCUUGAUAAUCCACAAGCAAUGAUGAAAGUGAAUUCUGCUGUUUAGAAUAUACAGGAGAAGUUUAAAGAACUCUAUGCUAAAUAAAUUGAUAUUCUCGAGUCUUCAUUUAAAUUCACAAUCAGUAACAUACAGGCGGCAAAUAUAACGGAAAAUGAUAAAUUGAAUCAGAAUGCUUUGCUUUUAAAAAAGUGUGAGUAAAUCAAGGUGGCUUUAUUUGAGUAUUUUGGGUAAAAUAAUUAGCAUAAUUAUUCUCAAAAGAAGAAAUAAGAAUUAAAUUAUUAAUAAUCUUAAUAAUUUAAAAAUUCAAAUAGAUUGGAAAGCAAAUAUUAGAAUCGACCUUUAUCGGUUGGUAGUCGUAUUACAAAAAUAAGAAGACAAUCGGCAACUCCGAAAGUUAUUUCUGCAUCUUUUUCAGGAAGUUCAGCAGAGCCAUAAUUUUUUUAAAAGGUUUUGCAGAAUCCUCUUGUUUAAAAAAUGAAGAAAUGA